GGGAUUUGUGCUCUCUUGUUUCAUGAGCCUCCACAUUGUUGAUGCUGACUGACGUUGAAGCACACCAGCUGGCCAUGUCCAUCACUGCAGCCAAGUCAGAGGAUUCCUGCUUAUACUUAGAACCCACGAGUCAGUGUCUGAGCAGAACUUUGCAACAUACCAUGCUUUAAAACUAAGCAACCAAGAAGAAAAAUGCCUAUCUUUGGCUAAAGGGGACAAAUCCUCUCCCUCAACCCGUCUCCGGAUAAAUCAUGAAAGAUUGGCUAAACAUUUCUCUUAUACAGAUCUUCACCCUGGCUGCCUUCGGCUUGACAGAGAAGCUCCCUAAAGCUCCAGUCAUCACCACCUCUCUUGAGACUGUGGAUGCGCUGGUUGAAGAGGCAGCCACCUUUUUGUGUGUCGUAAAAUCUUUUCCCCAGGCAGAGAUUACCUGGACACGUAAUAACAUUCCUAUCAGAUUUUUUGAUACUAGGUACGCCAUACGAGAAAAUGGGCAACUCCUAACUAUUCUGAGUGUGGAAGACAGUGAUGAUGGGAUAUAUUGUUGUACUGCAAACAAUGGUGUAGGAAUAGAAGCAGAAAGCUGUGGGGCAUUACAAGUGAAAAUGAAACCGAAAAUAACCCGUCCACCUUCAAAUCUGAAAAUCAUUGAAGGAUUGAAGGCUGUCUUCCCAUGCACUACAAUGGGAAAUCCCAAGCCUUCAGUUUCUUGGAUCAAAGGAGAAAAUGUGAUAAAGGAAACUUCUCGAAUUGCUAUUCUUGAAUCAGGCAGUUUAAGGAUUCAUAAUGUACAGAAGGAAGAUGGUGGACACUAUCGCUGUGUGGCAAAGAACAGCCUCGGGACGGCUUACUCUAAACCUGUAAUUCUGGAAGUGGAAGUUUUUGCUCGAAUUCUGAAGGCUCCUGAAUCCUAUAACGUCAGCUUUGGCUCUGUGGUAACUCUGCAAUGCGUAGCAACAGGCAUUCCAACUCCUACAAUAACAUGGCUUGAAAAUGGAAAAGCUGUGUCAGCUGGAUCCAUUGUAGAAACAGUAGAAGACAAAAUGAUUGAUUCACGGCUGCAGGUUUAUGUCACUCGGCCAGGUUUAUUCACCUGUAUAGCCACUAACAAGCACAGUGAGACUUACGGCACUGCAAAAGCUGCAGCGACUAUUAAUGUUUCAGAAUGGAGCAAAGUCUACAAAGGUGAUGCAGGCUACUGCAGUUCAUAUCGGGGAGAGGUGUGUAGUGCUUUGUUGGCAAAGGAUGCAUUUGUUUUCUUUAAUACUUCCUAUGGAGAUCCAGAGGAGACUCAGGAACUGCUUGUUCGCACAGCUUGGGCUGAGCUGAAAACCGUGAAUCCGUUUUGCCGUCCAGCCGCUGAGUCGCUGCUGUGUCACUACAUCUUCCAGGAGUGCAACCCUUCCAGGAUUGGACAUGCUCCAAAACCUGUUUGCAGAGAGCAUUGCCUUGCUGUAAAGGAUCUCUACUGCUUUAAGGAAUGGCUUGCGAUGGAAGAAAAUGCCCGCAAAGGCAUUUACAAGCCGGCACUGAUGUUGCUUACUUUGCCAGAGUGUAACAGACUUCCCAGCAUGCACCAGGAACCCACCGUCUGCACCAGGAUCCCACAUUUUGAUCUGAAAAAAGAAGGCACAACAAAAACUUGUUACAAAGGGAAUGGGGUGACAUAUGAAGGUUCGGUGAAUGUCACAGUUUCUGGCAUUCCGUGUCAGAAGUGGAGUGCACAGGUUCCUCAUGCACAUAGAAAAACACCUGAGAUUUUCCCAGACCUCUUCAAUGCAAUAAAUUAUUGUCGUAACCCAGGGGGUGAAAAUGUGCGGCCCUGGUGUUAUACAAGAGAUCCUUCUGUCCCGUGGGAAUACUGCCACAUACCUCAGUGUGAAGAUGAUUCCUUGACACUAGGAACAACAAAGUUGAGUACAGCAUCUCCACAUUUCCCUUUCUUCUCCUCUUUCUCUUCUACCUACUCCAUGACCGUCAUCAUCUCUGUCAUCUCCAGCUUUGCCAUGGUCAUCAUUCUCAUUAUUACAGUCCUUGUCUGUUGUCGGAGACGCAAGCAAUGGAAAAACAAAACAAGAGAAUUUGCACCACCAGCUCUGACAACUCUUCCUUCGGAGCUCCUGUUGGACAGGCUGCACCCCAAUCCUAUGUACCAACGCAUGCCUCUACUUUUGAAUCCCAAAUUAUUCAGUUUGGAAUAUCCACGAAAUAAUAUUGAAUAUGUGAGAGAUAUUGGGGAAGGUGCUUUCGGUCGUGUCUUUCAAGCAAGGGCUCCUGGACUGCUUCCUUAUGAACCCUUCACAAUGGUUGCAGUGAAGAUGCUCAAAGAAGAAGCCUCAGCAGACAUGCAGGCCGAUUUUCAAAGAGAGGCAGCUCUCAUGGCUGAAUUCGACAAUCCAAACAUUGUCAAACUUUUAGGGGUAUGUGCCAUCGGAAAGCCCAUGUGCUUGCUUUUCGAAUAUAUGGCGUUUGGAGACCUGAAUGAAUACCUGCGUAACCGAUCACCACGCAGCCUCUGUAACCCAAACAACAACAACCUGGAGCCAAAGAUCAGACCCUCCAGCCUGAAUGUGCUCACUCUUUCAUGCACUGACCAGCUCUGUAUUGCCAAACAAGUAGCAGCCGGAAUGGCCUAUCUUUCAGAACGCAAGUUUGUGCACCGGGACCUGGCCACCAGAAACUGUUUGGUCGGAGAAAACAUGGUGGUUAAAAUUGCCGACUUUGGCCUCUCCAGAAAUAUGUACUCGGCAGACUAUUACAAGGCCAAUGAAAACGAUGCCAUCCCCAUCCGUUGGAUGCCCCCUGAAUCUAUCUUCUACAACCGUUAUACCACCGAGUCGGAUGUCUGGGCCUACGGGGUGGUCCUGUGGGAGAUUUUUGCCUUUGGCAUGCAGCCCUAUUAUGGGAUGGCUCACGAGGAAGUCAUUUAUUACGUAAGAGAUGGAAAUAUCCUGUCGUGCCCGGAUAACUGCCCUUUGGAGCUGUACAACCUGAUGCGCCUUUGUUGGAGCAAGUUGCCUUCGGAUAGGCCGAGCUUCGCAGGCAUCCACCGUAUUCUGGAGCGAAUGUAUGAGAGGGCAAUGGCUGCUGAACAGAUGUGAACUGUUCUCCAAAGCAAGGGACUCUCAAUCUGAACCCUUCAGGUGAAUUGGAUAACAAAUCUGAGAAUUCCCAGACAGACUACUGUAGCCCUAUACAAGGGGGGCGGGGGAAUUGGGUUGGGAAAGACAAUUCUUGAAAGCAGCAUGUCCUUUCUUCUUUCCUGAAUGUUUACAUUUGGAAAAAGAAAGAACUUGCACUUACCACAUCAUCUGUCUUUGUCAUUAUGUUUCAGGCAAUGUUUCCCAUAGGAAAGUGAAGCAGGGUCCAAAAAAGACAUUGUUGUAACUUUUUUUAUAUAUAAAUAACUCAUUAUCUACAUAUCAUUUUUAGUUUAAAACUUUCAAAUAAAACUUUUUCCCGUGCCUCGGAAUCCAAUGUAGCUAGACAUCAAAACGGAUAUGAAAAACAAAAUAACAGUCAGCUAAAUCAGUAGCAGAACCUCAAGUACAAAAUGAGCUGAAAAAACAGACAAGCCUCAGGUGUCUCAGGCUUCAGACUAAUUCUGAAAACCCAACUCCAAACAAUUUAGAGCAUAUCACUGUUGAUUUUACACAGCUGUCUCUGUAUAUAGUUGUUUUACCUGAAUCUGAGCAUUCUCUGAUCCAGCUUUGAAUCCUAUUCUGACUGAAAGGGCCUUUGGACAGUGGUCUUUCCUGUUCUCUCUUAGAUUGUUUAAUUGACGACAUGAGGGAUUGUAUUUGAGACCACUACUGUACCAUGGAAAUAGUAGGUUCCAUCACUGAAUGAUUUCUUGGUGAAGAUGUAGGGACGGCUGUUCUAAUGGAGUUAAAUGAAUGCCACAACUAUAGCUUGGAGGUUGGAAUGAAAAUGGAAGACAUUGUGCAGAUCAGGUAGAACCUAUGCUUAUGAAACAAAAAAGAAACCUGUUUGGAGGUGGGAAAACAAUUGUGCAGUGAAAGUGAAAGUUUGCGCAAAGGUUCCUGUUUUUAGUUCAUAAUCUAGUGAUUUGAGGAUAUGAACUAAUUUGUCAAUUUAGAGGGUGUAUUCUAAUAUCUGCUGUUCCACCUUGCCACAUCUUCUAAUUUGACUUUUCCCAGAGAUAGGAAUUGAAUGAGUGUUAGCGGUUAUACCAAACAGUGGUUUUUAUUAUUGCCAAUUUUAGUUUAACUAUCAUUCUAACAGAUAUUUUGAUUCAAGGAAUGGUGGUUGCUGAGUCAAAUGAUUGACCGGUUAUGUGCAGGCAGAUAAGUGUUAACUUUUAGCAACCACGUGGAUAGGUUUCCCCUCCAUGAUGAUCUAUCCCUAAUAUGAUCCCUUCAGAGCUUUUAAUGAUACAUCCAUUGCCACUGUAAUUCAGUAUAUUCUCCUUGUUGCUGAUCAUUCACUUUUUCCCUUUCCUUAACUUUUCCCAGCACAAUAGAUUUCUCAAAAGAGCUAGUUCUUAGUAAAAUAUUUCCAAAAUAUGAUAAUUUAAAUCUACUCAUUUCAGCUGCAGGUGAAAUCAAUUUAUUCUAUGAUGAAUACCUUUGUUUUUUUUAUGGUCCAGGUGUUUUUAGGAUUAUUCUCCAGCACCAAAGUUCAAAAAAUGUCAAUGCACCCUUUCUAUUCUGCUUCUUCAAAAUCCAACUUUCUUUUCCAUAAAGAAUCUAUGGAGAUUCUCAGUCAUCCAGGUCAUGGUUGUCCCAAAGGUGCUUUUUCAAGAGGCAACUGGAUUUUCUGGUUUUCUUUGAGGAUAUUUAGCUUCUCAUCCAAGAAGCCUCUUCAGGGAAUACUAUUUCUUGCCCUUUUCUGAUACCUCUAGUUGUAGACUUUUUAUGAUAUCUGAACAUUUUUUCCAAGGCUUUCAUGGUUGCUCUACCAAGUGCUAAUAUUUCUCGACUGUUUAUUCCUUCACUGUUGAUGGUUGAUACUAAAAGGAAGAAACUAUCCACCACUUUGAUAUCUUUGUUGCCAACUCUAAGGCUAAUAGUUCUAUUCAUGCCAUGAAUUUGUUUUGUUCUCCAGUUAACUUCAGUUCAUUGUUUUCACUAAAUUGAAAACUAGUGGAGACAGGAAAGAGGCAACAAUGAAUUCUACUUCUAAUCAUGUUUCCAUACAUUCUCACACUCAUUCUAUACCCCAAAUUCAUCUUCUUAAAGGACAUUUUGUUUAAAGCUAGAUUCAGCAGGAGGUCUUGCUAUUAAGAAUUUAAAAACAACUGGUUGCAUUUUCUCUUUCUGAGAUACCUCACAAAGCUGCCCAUUACCAGCUCCUUAUUUUUCUCACUGAAUCCCAUAUAUGGCUCACAUACUUCUAGGACCGAAAACAAACACCUAGAUUACCAUAUUUUUCGGAGUAUAAAACACACCGGAGUAUAAGACACACCUUAGUUUUGGGGGAGGAAAAUAGGGGGAAAAAAUUCUGCCUACCAGGUAUUCAUCUGGCUAGCAUCCUUAGUCUGGUCAGCUUCAGCACAUUAAUUUGCUGGUUUUGAGCGCGCACUUUUUAUCCCUUGGUGGGGGAUAAAAAAACAGCUUCUAAAGCACAGCUGAUCUUCAGUGAGAGAAGCAAUGAGAAAAGCAGAUGAAGCCCAGAGGAUCGCAUUGCGUGCUAGUGCCUCGUAGGUGCUGAAAAACAGCUUCUAAAGCACAGCUGAUCUUCGGAGAGAGAAGCAAUGAGAAAAGCAGGUGAAGCACAGAAGAUAGCUUCGCUCGCUAAUGCCUCGUUAGGGCUGAAAAAAAGCUUCAAAAAAGCUACAUUCGGAAUAUAAAACACACCCAAAUUUUCAGCCUCUUCUUUUGGGGGUGGGGAAGUGCGUCUUAUACUCUGAAAAAUACGGUAUAUGGCCAUAAUGCCACAUUUUUUGAUGGAUGGAUUUCUUAACCAAAUAUCAGUGCCCUGUUGGAGGCUUUAUUAAGAAUGGUGUCAUACAAGUUGUGAAAGGUAAAUAAAUGUUUUCACAGCUUUUUUUUAAAUAAAGUCUUCAUUGGUAUACUGUGAGUUGGCCUCAUCCUGGUGACUUUUGGCAGUGAUGUAGUGGUAGAGUUGAAAAGAAAACGUGACUCUUUCUAGCCUAGCAUUCCAACCUUUGUGGGAUUAGUGGGAAAUAGAGAGUCGAAGUCUAUGAUGCUUAGUAGCUUGUGGUUGCAAAGCAAAGGAGCUUCUAACUGUGUGGAACACAACUUCUCAGGUAACUGGUCCAGUAUAUCUGCAGAGCUCCAGGUUAGGAAAAGUGCUGAAAUCCUUUCUUGCAAAUAAGAGGGAAUAAACAAGGACAAAUCUUGUUUUAUAUCUUUCAGUGGUAAAUACUAUUAUACGGAUAGAUUAGGAGCUAUUGUUUUGAUUAAAUACUGUAUCAAUUUCAGAAAUUUUAUUGGUUUAUCCCAAUAUAAUGUAAAAUAUAAAAGAAAAUAGUGGGGAAACAAGGGAGAGAGACGGGAAGGGAAAAGUGUAGGGCAAGGGAAGAAAGAAAGAAAAGGUGUUGACUUCUGACUCCUUUUGGUGCAGUAGAAUAAGAUAAUAGCAUCAAACGUCAACUUUUUACUAUUAUGUAAUAAUAUAGACUAGCCAUUUCAAUAACAACAAGCCUAUCUAAUUGGCAAAAGCCAAAAUCAAAGCUUCAUUUUUUUCCGCCUCAAGCACAAAGUCCAAAAGCAGUUUCCAAGUAGAAACAAAAUUAAUUAUGUUCUUUUCUUUCAUCAGAGAAGUCAAUUUGGCCAUCUCUGCUAGCUCCAUCAACUUUUGCAGCCAUUCAUCCAUUGUGGAAAUCAACGUGUCCUUCCAUUUUUGCGCAUAAAGUAAUUUUGCUGCCAACAACAAACAGUAUUAUAUAACAUCAAAGUACCAUUUUUUAUUCUAAAAUCUUUUUCCAUUAAACCCAAAAGAAAAGCCUCUGGUUUUAUCUUUAUAUUCACUUUAACAAUCUUCUGCAUUAAGAUGUGAAUCCUACUCCAAUAUUUCUUUGCUUUGUCACAUGUCCACCGGAUUAAAUACUGUCUCAAGGGGAGUUUAAAUUGCCUUUCUGUUGCCCUUUUAUAGUUUUAUCUCUUUUGGGUUUGAAUAUUUGAAUAAAUCUCAUGUUAUGUUCCCACCUGUGCCAUUUGAACUUAUAGUGGUAGAUGGAGUUCAUUUCAUAGACUCGAUUAUUGCUGUUUUACUGAUAAUAUAUCAGGUUUCUGAAUUAAGAUAUCAGUGCAGUGUACAUCCCAAAACAAGAAAUUUAAAGUUUAUGCUUGGAUUUAAAUACUGGAUGGGGAAUCCAAGUGGAAUCCAGAAAGGGUCAAUUGACAAGUUUUGUGGUGAACCUAAGCCGCAACAAUCAAUAUUUGUUAGUUUUGCAUUACCAGAUAUCAUGCAAAUCAAACAGCAAGACACAAAUCAGAAACAACUACUCUAGAAAUUGGUCAUUACCAUCUGCUAUUUUGUUUAAAUAUGAAUGCAAAGGAUCUCACAAGCAUGAAGAGCACAAUUUUUCAGGCACUGGGAUGGACACAUUUAUACAAUAAGACAUAUCAGAAUUUUCAAAACCAAAGUCUAGAGUAAUUAGGGCUUUUUGUAUUUCAUUAACUGGGAAUUGAUGGGGAGGUACAAGUUUUCCUUUUUCCAUAGCUUUGCCUACCAUUGCAAAGAUGCCAUAUCAAGGGUUAAUUCUGGAAACCAAUGUAUGCAAUGUAUAAACCUGUUUCUAGUUUUAUAACUUUUGUUUCAUAAAAUAUAGAAAUAAACUUUAUUUUACAUUGA